UGUUUUGGGGGGGUUUUUGGGUUGGUGUUUGUUACCCAGCCUUGAUGUAUUGUGUUCUUCAGCACAAAGGAAAAAAUAAAUCAAAAUGAAGAAGAAGCAGCGAAUGGAGACUUGAGAGAGAGUGACUAUCGCAUGGUUUGAAUCCAAACAAGGGUUUUCCUUCUUUGGAGCCACGUUUUUUCUUGUCUAACGAGUCUUUACUCAGACUCACUGACUCUCUCCGAACAAGCAAAUUAGAGAGCAAAUUCAGUACUUCAAUUCCUUCCCUCCUUCAACGAUUCGAGGUUCCUUCUUCUCAGCUCAUCUUUCAAUUUCUCCUCUCAGAUUUUAUUUGACAGCGAGAAAAAAAGUGUACUAAAGACUUGGAAUUGAAGCUGGGAAUUAUUCACUCCGGAGGUCAAUCCAAGUUCCAGAUUGAAAGAAGCCAUCUUGGGUUCAAAUGGGAGCAUCAUCUUAACUGGUGGCAAUGGUGUUUGAGGACUUUGAACCCAUCUUUGCGGAGCCAAAGGUGGACUUUUCAGGUCACAGAUCAUGUCCUUUGAGCUCCUUUUUGUUGCAUGCCUAUGCUCCUGAUACUUCUCACAUUGUGAUUCAUGUCACUGAUUUCCACUCUCACACUUGGGAAGCUCGUUUCUCAGUUCCACUCCUUGAGGACAUUAGGGACAUCAUUGGAAUAGGGGGUUCUUGGUCAGAGUUUGUUGACUACUUUGUAGCUUCCCUCAAGUCAGAAGAUCUGAAGCUGGUUUUAGAGGCCAAUUCAAGCUCUGAUGGUAUUAGUAAUGCAAAAUUAGUUGCUCAGAAAUCAAAAGGAAUGCCUCUAAUUACCAUUCCUCUUACCAAACUCGUGGAUUCCACUGCUAAUGAAGCUAUUUCAAAUAUAUCCUCGAGGCUCUUUAAGGCAUAUAAAAACAUAAAGCGUUCUCUUGUAGAAGAGCAAGAGCGCACUAGCCGGUUGACAAACAUUGUAGAAGCUGAAAAGGAAAGAAAUGAAACUCUACGCCAACAACUGGAACACCGGCAUAAGUUUCAAAAGAUUAGUGACUUCGAGAAAGUUGGGGUUUCCACUAAUGGGCCACAAAACUCACCAGCAGCUAAGCAAACAGCUCGUGACACUACGAAAGUUAAGAAUCGUGUGGUGCCGGCGCAUCGCAGGACCAAAGUAAGAGGGGCCCUCUUGCAUGAUAGUGAUAAUGAUAAAUAACUCGGCUUUCGGAUUGAACAAGCUGCUCAGAAGGAAGUGAAAGGAUUGUCCUCAUUCUAUGUUUUGUUCCUUUUUUCCCUUCAGCACUUUCACCUUGUAUUUUUUGUAUAGUAUUGAAAACAUAUAUCACUAGUUACUCCCGUUGUAUAUUAACUAUGCAAAAUGAAGUUGUUCAUUUGAAUUUAAUGCA